GACUUUAAGGACUUUUACACAGAAGAUAGAAACACAGUGAAGGAAAACACAAAACAUAGGCGACAUUUUCUUCCAUGGUAAUACUAACUUAACGUGUUUUUUGUUUGUUUAUUUUAUUUAUUUUUUAUUUUUUGCCAAUCGCAAAUAAAAACAAAGAAGACCUUUUCCAGCAUUUUUAUGAUGACAGAAGUUAUUUUUCUUAUCACAGCCAGAAAGGCGCGUCGUCAAUUUGACGGGUGAAGCAUCUUGACGAAGUUUCACCAUCUUCGUUCGAGUUUGUGACGUUUCAGGAAGUGCGGAAAGAAGGAAUAAACUGACGAACCGGUUGUCGCUGCACAGCGAAGGAACGGUUGCUGUGUCAACGCUGUACUCUUCUAUCUUUUUUGUUGUUGUCAGUUUUUAAGGUUAUUUCGCUGAGUUUUAAAAACUUCGGCGUAAUCAUCAUAAUUAUUUAAAUUCCGUAACUCUCACUAACCUCUUGCUAGCAUCAACACGACAACAAAUCACUCCGCUAAUCAGAUCCUCGCUGAUUUCCAACGCUGUGAACAACCUUCCGGUUUAUCGUAUCGAUGUCGUGGCGGUAGAGGUUCCAUUGUUUGCACGUCCUGCGCGAAAGAGCAACCGCAACACGGAUGUUACUACUCGCGCACACUCCGAGGCAUCGCCAUCACCAUCACCACCACCGACAACAACAACAACCGUCAGACCCCAGGAGCUCCGCCAGCCGGCUGGCUUCACUUCAGAGUCACAGCUGAAUAUGGAGGACGAAGUGUUCCAGCAUGUCGUGUCCGUGUUCAGGUCGCUGGUGUCGUGGGUCGCCGCGGGUGCUAUCAUGUUCGGCGGGGUGGUGCCCUACAUCCCGCAGUACAGAGACAUCCGCCGGAGCCAGAACGCGGAGGGAUUCUCCACCUACGUGUGCCUGGUGCUGCUGGUGGCCAACAUCCUGAGGAUCCUGUUCAGAUUCGGCCGCUAUUACGAGAUGCCGCUGCUGUGGCAGAGCAUCAUCAUGAUCUGCACCAUGCUGGUCAUGCUCAACCUGUGCACCAACGUCCGCAUGGCCGCCGAACUCAGCACCAAGAGGCGCUCCUUCUUAGCGACAGACAGUAAGGACGAGGAGGUCAGAAUCCCUAAGAGGCUCUUUCUGGACUUUGACUGGACCUACUUCUGGUCCUGGAGUCGCUUCGUGGACUACCUUCAGUGCGUGCUGGCCUUCACGCUGGUGGCGGCCUACAUCACCUACGUCCUCCUGGACUCGGUGCUGUUCGUGGAGACCCUCGGCUUCCUGGCGGUGUUCACCGAGGCAAUGCUGGGAACGCCGCAGCUCUACUGCAACUACCAGAACAAAUCCACAGAAGGCAUGAGCAUCAAGAUGGUGCUGAUGUGGACCAGCGGCGACACCUUCAAAACAGGCUACUUCCUGCUCACAGAGGCCCCCGUGCAGUUCUGGACGUGCGGCCUGCUGCAGGUGUUUGUGGACGUCGCCAUCCUGUUCCAGGUCUACUACUACAGCCGCUACCCACAGAAACCCGUGUCCCACACCGUCUCCCUCACCACCAGUGCCAAAGCCCUCUGAGGCAUCGCCACGCGUCCCGAGGAAGCUCCGAAAGGCGAGCGGCGAGGAAGAGGGGACGCCCAAACGGGCGCACCAAAGGCGUUUCUGCUUCUGCACCCCGGGGGUCGCAGCAAUACCUUGAGGAGCGCUCAACGGUCAUUAAGACUUCCUUCGUUCCUGGCACUGAAAAUGCAACGCAUCAUGCAAUCGCACCCCACUCAAAAAAUCAGCAUGUGCAUGUGGAGGAUGUUUUAUUUUUUUAUUUUAUAUACAUUUUUUUUUUUUUUUUUUUGCAGGAGCAAAAAUGCAACUAUAUGAGAACUAUAGAUAUGUUGAGAGUUUUUGGCGUCCACACAUGCUGCUGAAUGUUGCACGUUCUCUGCCUUAAGACUCGUAAUCGAACGCGGCUCAAUGCGUCACCAGCAAUCUGAGCGUCGUGUUCCAAACGAUCCUGAAUGUACAGACGGGUUGGACAGAAGUUCAAAAUUAUUCUUUUUUCAUUUGGGGGUUUUUCUUGUUUUUCUUUGACAUGAGACCAAAUCAAGAAUGAAUUCUGAAAAUUUUUUUCUCCGACUCUCGACGACGUUACACUGGGCUGAAAGUGCAUAACUUAGAAAAACAGAAAACAUCCGUGGCCUUGAGAUGGAGAUAAGAAAAUGAAGCUCCCUAUGGCAGCAAUAUAUGUUUUCUAUCUGACGUUGAUUACAUUUUUUUUAUAUGGUUGCUAUUUCUAUUAUUGCUCUGAUGCCACAGAUUUCAGCCUAAGCUUUGCUUUUCCCGGACAGUUUUUGCCUCCACUCGACUGUCGGGUCGUGACAUCAGAAGCUGGGCUGAUUCAUGGAAGCGCAUGGGUUUUAUAAUCUGGGUUACUGACAUUGUGUUCAUUGUUGAUGCUGAAAUGUGUCUCGUAUAUAUAAAAAAAUAAAAAUACAGUGCAGGUUUAGGACGCCCUCCAAAAGGAGCCAGUCAGAUUUUCUGCAUGUUCAGACUUUGUUCCUGAUUCAGAUUACAAAAGCAGAAACACAUUCAUGUGUUAUUUAAUAAUCCACACACGACAUCGUCCAUAUGUUCCGAGCGAGACGUGACGCGUCACUUCUGUUUUAUUUCUUCCCCUCAAAUUUAAAUCUCUCAAAUAGUCAAACGGACUUUAAUACAAAACGUCAAGAUUCCAGUCAGGAAAAGGACGAUAAGUGACCAGACCAGCCAGACCCAUGUCCGAUUGGUCCUGACGUAGAACCUGCUUGACAACAUGAAGUAGGCUAACAGAUCUCAAAAAGCUACACGUCGUAUUUGCAAUCAAAUCGGAAUAAAUGCAAUUAUAUUUAUCGGUUUGUUUUCGGAUUCAGCCCACCUCAGAGUCGUCGUUGGGAGGAAUUUUGGUCGCUUUAAUGUCAAGUACUUUUGGACUACAGUAAAGUACAGAGAGAGACAAAACACACCAAGUCCUCCUCUGAAAGCUUUUCUGGCAGUCUAGUCAAAGUCUUGACUUUGAGAUGCCAUUAAAUGACAGGCAUUUCUUGCUCAUAAACCCUCCUAAGUGACAGUACUGACUGUUCAAAGAGUGGGUUAAAAAUCCUCUGCAGUGAAAUACUUUUUUCCAGUUACUGAUUGUUUACAUUUUCACAUGGGGUCAGUUUGGUUUGGAUGUCAUUUUCCUUUGUUGCAUUCAUUAACUUUUGCAUGUAUUUUUAUGUUAUUUAGUUUGAUCAACUGAAACAAAAGCCAAAAACAGAAGAAAUCUGUAAAUGGACAAAUUCUUAAUGCCAUACAUUUUUUUAUUAUUUUUUUAAGUAUUGCGAAAUUUUAUUCACACUGAAUACUUUAAUCCAGUUCAGGUCUUUCACAGCGUUCAGUUCACCUGGGAAUUUAGAUCGACGAACAAAACCGCUUUAGUCCGUUUCAGAACUCUUUGUUCGUUUCUUUGGUGGAUUCAUUUGUAAUUUCUCUUUUACAAGCUUAGCGUUCUGUGUCACUCGAUCCUAAAAGCCACGUAACCGAGCCAAAGCGCUUUGUUCUGCUGGGGUCAUGCGAGUUCGGACCGGGUCCGGUCAAAUGAAAGGUAUGAAAUUCAAACUGUGCUACUGUGUCAGAAUGGCAUAUGUUACUCCGGCUAUUGUGUCACUGUCUUUUUUUAUUUCUAUUUUUUUCCCCAAUAUUUUUAUAUUAUCAACCAAGUAUUUGGUCUUGAAAGUUUAAUGCUGAGAUCCCUAAGAGAGCAAACUGUGUUUAGAAAAGCAAGUUCGGCUGCUGCCAGUCGAGUCGCUCCAUGUAUUUUGUAUUAAUCUUCAUCGGCGCUGACAGAGAAUGUGCAUAAAGUCUCAUGAGAUUAGGUAAUGUUCAUAUUAGGUCAUUGGUGCAAUUAUGUGAUUUUUUAUUUUUCACCUUGUCCUCUUUCAUUUCUGUUGCUCACAGCAUCAACAAUGAAGGGAUAAUUAGAACUACAUUUUUUCAGCUGUCUGUUAGCCAUUGCCAAAAUGUCUCCUCAAUACGGCCAGCUCACCUCAAAGCAAGUAACAUGGAUGUUGGGGUGAUGUCAUGCAGACACCGUUUUCAGUUGUAAUUUUGAAAGCCAAUUGGAUUUUCCAAGUUUUAGAAGGUUUAAAGGUUAGUGACCAAGCCUGCUGCUUUAGCCAAAGCAAGUUGAAAAAGGUGUGUUUCUUAACAUUUUCUACAUUUAAUGAGAUUCAAACCAUGAGAGUAAAAAAAUAAAUAAACGUUUGGUUGUCAAAGCUGUAGCUACAAUAUGAUUGUUAGAAAACGAUGACUCCCCCAUACUCAUGACCUGAAGAGACAUUCCAGUUGAUUUUCUACAACCUGGAACUUGGAAAUUAAAAAAUCUACCAACUUAUUGGACGGGUUUGACAUUCUGAAGGUAAUAGAACAACAAUUAAAAAUACCACAAUCUCAGUAAGAACAUCAAUCUAAAGCAGCAAUGUGUAGAACAAUUUCACUGCUGUUAUUAAAACAGUUUGUCUGCCAACAAGCUCAGUUUGCCAACUGUAGCUUUAAAAUGCAAUCUUCUUGCCAAAGUGUGUUUUUCUUUUCAACUUGAAAUACUUCCUGUAAAGUUUGUGUUGUUGUUUGGUUUGUAAAUGAACUAAGUUCAGUGUAGAAAACCUUUUUCUCGGUUGUCUGGCCAACAAUGCUUAGCAACAAAUCAGUGCUACAUUAUAUGUUCCACUUUUUUUGUGGCAUUUCAUGGACAAUAAAGAGCAGAAAUAACAAGAAUAAGAAAAAAGUGGUUGAUUUCAACAUCUUUUUUUUCCCACAGCAUUCUCAUAGUAAAGAGAUUAAGUCGCUGUUUCUUUAGCUGCUUUCUGUCUUACAGUUUGUCUUUGUGCUCUGAAGUUGGAUAUAUAUAUAUUUUUGUCUUUUUGAGGUAAAAGGCAGAAACACAAUUAUAAUUCCAACUGAAAAAAGCUUGAGAGCAGCUUUAAGUUUGCUUUCCAACAUGGCCGCAUGUAUAAAAAAAAUGCAGUAAAGAUGCCUGAUGCUAAGCUAUUUGUUAGCACCCCUGUUCCUAGCAGUAGUACAACAAUUAGCACAUCCCGUGUUUUCUUACUAGCUAGGAGCUCGUUAGCUAACGAGCUCUUCUAAUUAGAGAAACUGGUUUUCUGGUAGAAGCUAGCUCCUAGCCUUAGUAGCCAGGAGCUAGUAAGAAAACAACAGAAUACUCCUGACUUGGGAGACAUAUCUGAUGCAGCAUCAAGCUAACAUCUGAGAUAGAAAAUUAGCAUUGGCUCUGUUGCGCUGUUAGCAUAGUAACAUAGCAUAGCUUUAGUAACCUGCUGUAAAGACCGAUGACUUUGUCCUGCUUUGAUGCCGAUGCACAUGACAGCGUGAUGUAGAAGAUGACUUUAUUCAUAGCAUCGAUUUUACAGGAAUAAAAAAAGAAAUGACUGAAAAGCAAAGUGUCUAAAAUCAUAAUUAGACAAACAUUAGUGUGAAAAGAACUCUUGGAUUAAAAGGCGCAUUAAUAAAAAAAUAAAAUGGCCCGUUGGUAGAUUCGAGCGAUUACUCUCCAGCUUCAUAGUAACAUGUUCAUGAUUAUAAGGGCACAAUUAAGUGUGAUCACUGUAAUACUGCUGGGCAAUGAUGACGUCACAUUGGUUAAUGUUAGGCCACAGAGAUUCACCUUCCAUGUUCUAAAAAAAAAACACAAUUAUUUUUAAUAACUGAUUACCAAAGCUUGAUUUGCUUAUAAAAUGUAACUAUUUUUGUAUGUUGUAAACAUUCAACUUGUUCAGCAAAAUCCACGUUUUCCUCUGUCAGUGAACGUCACUGACAGAAGAAGAAAGUGACUCUGUGGCACAUUUUGUUUGCAACUAUUUCACUGCACGCUUUUUUUCUUCUGAUGCUGGUGCAAAGCGAUGAACGGCUGUUAUGUAAAGUCUCUCGUCUGUCUGGAUCAGAUCAAGUUGAGCUCAGACUGUUUUCAAUGCAUCAUCUUUGUUAUUUUUCUGUUUUCUCUCUAAACCCAGAAACCAUUGGCUUCUUUCUUUUUGUAUGUACCAAAAAUAUCAGUACCAACUGUUUGUUUUUAUUGAUCCUGCUACCGUUGCUUCAUUUUUCUAUGAAACUCUCAGUCCAGUUCGACGACUCACAGACACUCUGGGCUGCUCAGUGUUAUCAGAUGUACUGCAGCAUCACCACCCAAUAAAGAAGAUCCUGCUGUU